AUGGAUGUAGUCCUCAGUGCCGGCCGGGAGCAGGUCAUCACCCUUACUUGCAUCCGCAAAGGGGUCUGCGGGGAGCGCGUCGCGCGCAGGUCCCGCCCCUGCCCCCGCGCCAUUGGCGGCCGCGCCUGCCCGUCACGCAACUGCGCCACGGGGCGGGGCCGGGGCGGGGCCCGCGCGCUCCCCCGGCCCCAGCGCACAAAGGGCCUCACCGAAGGGCUGGAGGUUCUGGAUAGCGGACAUACGAUACGCUUCCCUUCCCUCGGCGGAGGCGGCGGCGGCGGCGACGGGGGCGGCUGUGGCGGCGGGAGCGGCUCUGGGCGGAGGAUGCUCUCGCGGCGGCGGCUCGAGGCGCUGUCAGGGGGGCGGGACUGCCGCCGACGGCUUAUAUACCAGCCCUACGUGACGUCAUCACGCAGUGCGAACGAGGGCGUUGAUUGGCCGGCGCGCGGGGGCGUCAGGACGCAUCGGGCGAACGCGGCCGCGCCCCGGCUGGCGCGGGGGGAGUGGUGCGCGUGCGCGGAAGGGGGGCCCGGCAGCGCGCGGGGCGGCGCGUGCGCAGUGCGGGGCUCGGCCGGGCCGGGACCCCCGGGACCCUCGGGACCCCCCGUUCCCCCUCUGGGUCUCCUCUGGCGCACCCGAGAUCCCCAAAAUCCUCCCGGGAAACCCAAAAUCCCCCUGGGACACCCACCCUCCUCCCCGAGACCCACAAAAUACCCCCAUGAACCGCAGAAUACUCCUCGGGACCCCUCAAACACCUCCGUGUGCCCUUGGGACUCCUCUCCAAACAACACGAUUUUCCUGCUCUCCCAGAGAAGGAGCCGUCUCUAGCAGCCGCACGGUGGAGUAGCCAGACAGGAGAAGCAAUUAGAGGUUUGCAUUCCAUAUUUCUGCUGGAGGCAUUUCCAAGUCCUCACUGCAGCCAAAGGGCUGCUCUUCAUAUUCAACACCAAACACUUGAGCAGAGCCAUCAGUACCUUCAGUGUGGUGUCAGCUGUGGGCAGACAGGCCCUGCUGCUGAGCCAGGAUACCCCAGAGUGUUAGUGUCACUUCUGAUUUGCACAGUCCACACGACACAUCCUGGUUGUUUCCUCACCACUGGGCCCCCAGAGCCUUUGGUCCAGCACCAGAAGAGUCGAGUGUGUGUCAGACACCAGAGUUUAACCCAUCACUGGUGAGGACUGAGAGCUAUCAGCUGUUAACAUCUGAUUUUUGCUGUGAGCAGGAUUCAGAGCUGGCA